UGAUGAGUAUAUUAAAUUGGAAGAUUUAAAAUGGGAAUAUUGGACAGCAUCAUUAUUUGGUGUAAUAAUUGGCUGUUUUUUUAUUUUUUGGAAUAGUUAUAUCACAUAUAUAUAUAGAGACUUAACCAAUAGAAUGGAUGAUUACUAACUUUUGUGGAGAAGUAUCAUUUUAUAUUAUCUUAUUAAGGCUUUAAGAACAUUUAUUUAUUUUUAUAUUUAUUCGUAUACAAAAAUAUCCAUAAACUUAACUUACUGAUAACAACAAUUUAAUAGGAAUUAGAAUUAUAGAAAUAGCAUUAUAUUUUGGGAGGAUUUUAACAUAUAGUAUUAAGGUAAAAAAUUUUUAUUAUUUAAUACAGGUUAUUUGAAUCUAGCUAUGGGAGUUGGAUUAGGCAUUUUUGAGUCUCUAUAAGAUGGUAAUUUAGUAUGUAUGAUUAAUAUUUUGAUUUAUAUCUUUGGUCCAUUUUCAGGUGCCUCUUUUACUUCAGAGUUUUAUAGAAGCGUUUAUG